CGUAUUGAGCAGUUUGUAAAAGUCAUAACAAAAGUGCGAUAAUAUGCCGACAAAAACACAAUAACUGUAAUUGUUUUCACUAUUUAUGAUCACAUUUCAUGAUUAAUGCCAUUUGAAUGAUAAUUAGUUUGUGUCUAAGAAGUGAAAUAAUGAAAUGCCAAUUGAAUUGAAUGGUCGUAAAGGAUGUGAUGAGUGUUAACGAUGUGUUGUCCCCCACAGAGACCCCUCCGCCCGGGUAUAUGAGCGAAGACGGCGACAAUCAGGAUCUCAAUGGCACCGAUAAUAUGGACACUUCCCUUAUCUCAUCGCCAUCUCCACCAUUGGAUGUCCAACCGGUGACGUAUACGGAGCCGGCGUUCUGGUGCUCAAUCUCAUACUAUGAACUCAAUACCCGUGUGGGCGAGACUUUCCACGCCUCCCAACCCUCACUCACUGUCGACGGCUUCACCGAUCCGUCCAGUUCUGAGCGCUUCUGUUUGGUCAACGGAACUCAUAUACAAUUUAUGAACAAAGCUAAUCUAUUCUUCGAGCAUCACGCGAAUUGUGAUAUGCAAAGACGAGUGGAAGUGAAAGUUGUUGUGUUGGGUCCGCAAGGUGUGGGAAAGACAUCGCUGUCGAUGGUAUAUACGGGUAAAAAGUUUAACCAAAGCCUAUCGCCGACAAUCGGUUCCUCAUAUUUUCCGUAUGAGAUAACAGUGAAAGACACGGCAGUAGUGCUCGAGAUCUGGGACACCGCCGGUCAGGAAAGGUUCCGCUCAAUGGCUCCUCUUUACUAUCGCAACGCGAAGGCAGCGCUUGUCGUCUUUGAUAUCACCAGUUAUGACACAUUCCUCGCACUCAAGAGUUGGGUCAGAGAACUUAUUCGACAAACAGAUAAUUCGGUAAUCGUUUGUAUUGUCGGCAAUAAACAGGAUCUGGAGGCCGAACGCCGGGUGACGACCAGUGAGGCCGAGGCCUAUGCCCUUCACAUUAACGCCGAAUACUUCGAGACGUCGGCCUUAGCCAAGACGGGCAUCACUGAAGUCUUCUCCUUUAUCGCCAACAAAGUCACCCGUCUUUGCGAUAAUAAGUGCCAAACAUUUGGUUUCGGUGAGAGUCUGGACAACAGUUUCAUCGAUGAACCCAACGUUCACAACAAGAAGCGUCUCAAAGACACAAAAGACUCGUCCUUUAGUUGUUGUGCCAAUUAAUACAUUAUAUUAUUUUAAUAUUCAAUUGACCGCUAUUUUCAUACUUAACACUUAAGUCAACGUUUUAUAAUUAAUAUAAGAGAUUAUUUUUAUUUUCACUCAUUUGAUGCUAUUUUUGAUUAAAUUAAAUUUAUUAAUGUUUUAAACA